GGAGAAACGACGCGACUUGUUCGUUGCAUUUCAAGAGUCCAUGGAGUUCUAGAGAGAGAAAAAGAGAAGCAGUUGUAGAGAGAAGAAGCUGUACUUCUGGGCGAAUAAUUCGAAAUUUGAAUUGCCGGUGAUGGCAAUCGUCGACAAUAGACCUCCGUCGGAAGGCGGCGGCGGCAGUAAAGUUUGGGGAUUGUUUAAGCUACCGUUUCGAAACACAGGAAAUGUUACAACGCACACAACGACGUCGUCUUCUUCCUAUCAAAUCGAAGGAUCGAACGCUCACAACAGCAACAACCACCAUGGCUCGAGUUCGAGCAGUUCCGUUUCUUCGGUGGCUAGAUCUCUGCUCCCGACACGGCGUCGUCUUCGACUUGAUCCACGCAAUAAGCUGUACUUUCCUAAUGAACCUGGUAAGCAAGUCCAAAGUGCUAUCAAGAUAAAAAACACCAGCAAGUCUCAUGUUGCUUUUAAGUUUCAAACAACUGCCCCAAAAAGCUGUUUUAUGCGUCCUCCGGGUGCUAUUCUUGCUCCUGGUGAGAGUAUAAUUGCAACUGUUUUCAAGUUUGUGGAGCCCCUGGAUAGCAAUGAAAAACAGAUGGACCAGAAGAGAAAGGUGAAAUUUAAAAUCAUGAGUCUGAAAGUCAAAGGAAUGAUGGACUAUGUACCUGAGCUGUUCGAUGAGCAGAAAGAUCAAGUGGCUGUGGAGCAGAUAUUGCAAGUUGUUUUUCUUGAUGUUGAACGUCCGAGUCCUGCCCUGGAAAAAUUGAAGCACCGGUUAGCUGAAGCAGAGGCUGCUCUUGAAUCCCACAAAAAACCUGCAGAAGAAACCGGGCCAAAAAUCAUCAAUGAAGGCCUUGUCAUUGAUGAAUGGAAAGAAAGAAGAGAGAGAUAUCUAGCUCGACAGCAAGUUGAAAGCGUCGACUCUGUAUGAUAACAAAAGGUUUGUUUCUUUAAAUUGUACCACUGUGUAACUUUCUAUUAUUUCUUUUUAACAGUUUACGUUGUGCCAUCAUUUCCCUGCUUAAAUUGUAAGGAGAUGAUCAACAUGUUUUCAAUGUAAAAAGCGUCUGUGAGUUCAUUCUGUAACUUGAGAAAUAAACCGCCAUAUGUAUUUAACUUCUUGGUGGCUA